GCGCCUUUUUUCCGAACAAACAGACGCGGCCACGUCCCCGCCAAGAGCAGCGAGAGCAUGGCGGCCACGAGCUCCGCGGCGCUCUUCUCCGUCCUCCCCCUCCCCACAGCCUCCCCGGCCUACGCCAGGGCAGGCAGCAGCCAUUACAGGCCCACGCGCUCCACCGCGGCCUUGUCCCCCAUCAGAUGCUCUGCCGCCUCGCCCGACCUUUCGCCCGGCGCACCGGCGCCGGCGCCGCCCAAGCCCCAAAUCGAGCUCGAGUUCCUCGGGCCGAAGCCGGGCGCCGACGGGUCGUACCCGGUGGACAGGGCGGCGGCGGUCAGCGGCGACAAGCUCCUCCGGGACGUCAUGGUCGAGAACAAGAUCGAGCUCUACGCGGCAUACGGGAAGCUGAUGAACUGCGGCGGCGGCGGCAGCUGCGGCACCUGCAUCGUCGAGAUUAUCGACGGGAAGGAGCUCCUGAGCCCAAGGACAGACGCCGAGAAUCGUUACCUGAAGAAGAAACCGGAGUCAUGGAGGCUUACCUGCCAGACGAUCGUCGGGAACAAGGAGAACUCCGGCAAGGUCGUCGUCCAACGGCUGCCCCAGUGGAAGAAAUGACUGAGCAAUCUUGCCUGCACAUUGGAUGUACUGAGAGCAAGUGAUGUGAUCCAAUGCCAUGUACCUCCUGCUACGAAGAUGUCUAUCCUGGCAACAAGUUACUGACAAUUUGAAUGUGCGCUUCUUCACUCGGAAGAUGAACAGAACAAGAACGCAUCCGGAAAAAAGAAACGCAUCUGCUACUGCUGCUGGCAUCAGUUACAAACCUGUUCUGGGCAUAUCCCUAGUACCCUGUAUCUGUAUGAUAGGGCCUAGUAGCACAAAUUGUGUGUACCUCAAACCAUAUCUUUGGGUUUCUUCCUGGAAUCAAUGGCAAAUUGCAAAUUGUGUUGAACCAGUAA